UCCCACCACCUCUCCAGCUAUUCCUCCUUCCCGACCCCGCCCUUCCUCCUCCGCCCCGCCCCUGGAGUAGAUCCGCCGUACUGGGAGGGCCGGAGGGAUCACAGGACCGGACUGUGGGGGUGGCGGCCUCUGGUUCCUGCAGGAGGAGGAGGGAGAGAUCAAAGUGCACGGCCCGGGGCUCUAGCGCCGCCAUGGAGUGAUCACCGCCCAUCCCUCCGCUUCCCAUGGCUGCCGUGUCCCUCCGAGGGUGAGGAGGAGGCGCUCCCGCACCAGCCGGCUUCAUCUCUCUGAGGAGCGAGGAACUUAUGUGAGGGACCCGGAGGAGAUAAAGGUAUAAUGGGCUGUAUUAAGAGCAAGGAGGACAAAGGUCCGUCAAUAAAAUACAGAUCGGAACCAAAACAAGAACCCAUUAUCCAGUAUGGCGGUGACCCCACACAAGCCCCACAGUCGCCAGCAGUCAAAGGACCACCUGCAAACUUCAACAGUCAUUCCAUGACCCCAUUUGGGGGGUCCUCUGGAAUGACUCCUUUUGGAGGAGCUACUUCCAUAUUUUCACCAGUGCCAGUUCCUUACCCCGGAGGGUUGACCGGGGGCGUUACAGUCUUUGUUGCCUUAUAUGAUUAUGAAGCGAGGACAUCAGAAGAUCUUUCCUUCAGGAAAGGUGAAAGAUUCCAGAUCAUCAACAACACCGAAGGAGACUGGUGGGAAGCUAGAUCUAUAGCCACUGGAAAAACUGGUUAUAUCCCCAGUAACUAUGUAGCCCCUGCGGACUCCAUACAGGCUGAAGAGUGGUAUUUUGGCAAAAUGGGGAGAAAAGAUGCAGAGAGACUGCUGCUCAGCCCAGGAAACCAGAGAGGAACAUUUUUAGUUAGGGAGAGUGAAACCACUAAAGGAGCUUUUUCACUAUCUAUCCGUGACUGGGAUGAUGCAAGAGGCGACAAUGUGAAACACUACAAGAUAAGAAAACUUGACAAUGGAGGAUACUAUAUCACUACACGGGCACAAUUUGAAUCACUACAGAAACUUGUAAAACACUACUCUGAACAUGCUGAUGGCUUAUGCUAUAGGUUAACAACUGUGUGCCCCACCGUGAAACCACAAACCCAGGGAUUAGCAAAGGACGCAUGGGAAAUUCCUAGAGAAUCUUUGAGACUUGAAGUUAAAUUAGGUCAAGGAUGUUUUGGUGAAGUAUGGAUGGGAACUUGGAAUGGAACCACAAAAGUAGCCAUCAAAACACUAAAGCCUGGAACAAUGAUGCCCGAAGCCUUCCUGCAAGAGGCGCAGAUCAUGAAAAAACUCAGGCACGAUAAGUUAGUCCCCCUGUACGCUGUGGUGUCUGAAGAACCGAUCUACAUUGUUACCGAGUUCAUGACAAAAGGUAGCCUAUUAGACUUCCUCAAAGAGGGGGAUGGGAAGUAUCUGAAGUUACCGCAGCUUGUCGAUAUGGCUGCACAGAUAGCAGAUGGCAUGGCUUAUAUUGAAAGGAUGAACUAUAUCCACAGAGACCUCAGAGCUGCCAACAUCUUGGUAGGGGACAAUCUUGUAUGUAAGAUUGCUGACUUUGGCCUGGCCAGGUUAAUAGAAGAUAAUGAAUACACAGCAAGACAAGGAGCAAAAUUUCCCAUCAAGUGGACCGCUCCGGAGGCCGCCUUGUACGGGCGAUUCACAAUAAAGUCUGAUGUCUGGUCAUUUGGGAUCCUCCUUACAGAGCUGGUUACCAAAGGAAGAGUGCCAUAUCCAGGGAUGGUGAACAGGGAAGUUCUGGAACAAGUGGAGCGGGGCUAUAGAAUGCCCUGUCCUCAAGGCUGCCCUGAAUCCUUGCAUGAAUUAAUGAAGCUGUGCUGGAAGAAGGACCCAGACGAGAGACCAACCUUUGAAUAUAUUCAGUCCUUUUUAGAAGACUACUUUACUGCAACAGAGCCACAGUACCAACCUGGAGACAAUCUAUAAGAUUAAAGACUAGACAUCAAAUGCACAAAUCUGCCAAAAGUAUAAGCAAGACUUUGCAUAAGUCCUUACCUGUUUCUAAGAGGAAAAGGAGAGUCAUGAUCAUGCUGCAUGCUUAUGGCGAACUGGAAAUCCACAGUACAGUUGCACAAAACCACUUUGGAAGUAUUGUAAAUGGACAAGUCAUGUGAAUCCAGAGCAAGUCCCAAAGAAAGGUCUGUUAGUAUUGAUGGUGAAGAAAGCCAUUAAAAGAGUAGCGUCCAGGCCCGGUGUUUGACUACAUUUCUACAUCACAUAGCAGAGGCUUGCUGAACCACACAUUUCAUUCCUCUUCAAACAGUCUUUUUUUUUUUUUUUUCAUUCAUUGCGAAUCAUCUUUUAGUCCGCUUCUUGGCACGCAGAUUGACAAUAGAACCCUUUUCCCUGCCAUCUACGUAAAGGCCUGUCUGUGGCAAGUUAUGUCACACUUCUUAAUGGGUUUCCUUUCAAAUCCAUCAUUAAAUCAGAAUCACUGUAGGUUUUAAGUGCAAAAAUAUUUAUAUAAGAAAUUACAGACUAAAAAAAAAAAAUCUGGUGGGGGUAUAAAAUGUACUGUUUUUUUAUGGUGUUGCUUUCGGUGGCACCACUGUCACAAUAGGCCUGUAUGUAGGGAACUGAGCACCUUAUUCUUGCUCGCUGCAGUAUCACGGGUUCCGCCUUUAACCCCUUUUAUGCAGCUCCGAACGUGUCUAAAGAAUGGCGAUUUAGGGCGUGAUCGGUCAAAAUGGCGGCCAGUGGGUAAGCUUUGGGUAGGCAUCUGCGGGUUCAAGAGUGGCGACUGAAGAUAAUCACGUGUAUGCAAUCUCUUCCUCCAUUUAUCUGUUGGACCUUUGAUCCCCAUAGAAAAGGUUUUAAAAGUGUAUUUUAGUUUCGCAAAAUACAGGUUUUUCUUUGUGUAAUGAGCAGUUAUACAGUUUUCCAAUAUCCAUUCUGUUUUCAAGAUCGUUGCUUGUAGUCAUAUAUUUAAAAAAUAUUUUUUCAAUAUAAUUUAAAAUGUGAUAGACCCCAAAAUGAGUUAAUGUGCCCAUAGGCCAUGUGUAUAAUCCAGGCCUGUGUGCAUGGCUGCAGCUCUGUCUGAGCCGUGGGCCCUGCAACUCCCAUUGACUUAAAUGGAAUCUUCAGCGCGUAACUGUGCAGAAAAGUGGUGGGUCCCUACUUUUUUGGGCAGUUCCUCAUCUAUUCUAGUCCAUGGGAGCCGGCUUUUCAAAGCUGACAUCACCUGGUGAAACUAAGUGGAUUAUGCCCAUGCGAACAUGCCCAUACACUUUAUUCAAAAGUCUUUAAACACGGUGGGUUUGGCUGACUCUCUCUGUAUGGAGGACUCUUGACUGUCUAGAGCAGUGUUUCCCCACCAGGGGUGCCUCCAGCUGUUGCAAAAACUACAGCUCCCAGCAUGCCAAAGGCUGUCUACUCUUGACAGCUGACCUGGUGGAUUUCAGCUGCCUGGCCCUUUUGUCCUCUGAGAGAUGAGCUGCCACCAGAGAUGUCUGGCAGCGGCCUAUACUCCUCCCGCCAUGUUCAGCUUUGUCAAAUGCUUGUGUAUACAGGGAGAUGGCUGUCCCCUUUACCUUCAUCUGACAGCUAUUGUAGGCGUAUAGCCACCUUUACACUACAAUAACCAGACCUGCGCCUCCCAAAAUGCAAUGUGGUCCUCAAAUGACCGGGAGACGUUUUUUGACAGCAGGCAGACAUCUUGAAAACUGAAGAACGGCAGCAGAAAGCAUAUUAUGAAACCGUAUCCUUAUGCAACUCGAUGCUGUUUAACACUAAUAUCUACAGUCCUAAAUAACACCGCCCUUGUCUCAUCACACAGUCAGUGAUUCCAUUGGUGCAGGGGUUUCUGCGAUAGCACUUUUGGCUUUCCUUUUAAGUAUAACUAAUCUUAGCUUUAGGUGACCGGAGACAAAAUGUGAACGUUUUUACUGACCGUACGCAGACACUUUUAUUUAACUGUGGUUAAAGCAUAUGAUCGCCAGUGCGUGGCUGACUGGUCAAAUAUGCUCAUGCAAAAUUUCACAAUCGCAGCUGACACCUAUCUGGCAAUAAAAUGUAUUUUCUUUUCAGUUUUUCUCAUGAAUAUACUUAUCGAACAGUACUGAACAUCUGGUAUAUCCUGUGUUACCUUUUUGAUGAUGCAACUUGUAAUGGUUUGAGAUACCGGGAAGGCUUUUGGUAAUGGAUUUUGUUUACAGCGCCGGAAAUGUUCUCGUUGUGUUCCUUUUUUUUUUUUUUUUUUUUAAUAAAGGCGGUGCCAUCAUUCCGCUUUAUUUACCUGCAUUCUGUUUAACCAGGCGAAUCAUUUUUUUUAAAAGGGCUUUAUACAGAAACUAUGGAAUUGUAUCUUUUUUAUAAGUCUUUUCAAAGCCAAUUUAACUUGACUUCUUCUGUAAGUUUGUGUACUAAGUAAAAGGAACGCGGUGCGCGGCAGUCCCUCGCUGCCAUCGUCGCGUUUUCACAACUAAACAAAAAAUAUGUAAUAUCAUUUGUAUAGUAAAGGAUUAAAACACUAAUUAUUGCGUUUAUUUUAAGUGAUUCUGAUGAUGCAUAUCUAAUGGACAAUGAGAGGUAACUGGGUCAUAUAUUUAACACCUUUUUAUGUUAAACUUGAUGCCUGUAAAACAGCAGGCGAACAGUAUGUAAAAUAAACAAAACCCUUUUUU